AUAACGAAAUCGAUGGCGAACAAAUGAAAUACGGCAACGUCACGCACGGAUGAAGUGGUGAAGUGAAUUGUUCAUUCGGCAUUUCAAAAAUUAGUAAAUUUACGAAUUGUAUUUAUAAUAUUUGAAUAUAAUGGCAGACAAUAAAAGCCCUGAUGACCUGUCGACCGCGAUCCUGCGUCGCAAGGACAGGCCCAACCGCCUCAUCGUCGAGGAGGCCGUCAGCGACGACAACUCCGUCGUGGCGUUAUCACAGGCGAAAAUGGAGCAGCUGCAGCUGUUCCGCGGAGACACGGUCCUCCUGAAGGGUAAGCGUCGCAAGGAGACCGUCUGCAUCGUGCUCUCCGACGACAACUGCCCCGACGAGAAGAUCCGCAUGAAUCGCGUCGUGCGUAACAACUUGCGCGUGCGGCUGUCGGACGUCGUGUCCAUCGCUCCGUGCCCCUCCGUCAAGUACGGCAAGCGUGUGCACAUACUGCCCAUCGAUGACUCUGUCGAGGGAUUGACUGGCAACCUGUUCGAAGUAUACCUGAAGCCGUACUUCAUGGAAGCGUACCGGCCGAUCCACCGCGACGACACGUUCAUGGUGCGCGGGGGCAUGCGCGCUGUCGAGUUCAAGGUGGUGGAGACCGACCCUUCGCCGUACUGCAUCGUCGCGCCCGACACCGUUAUACAUUGCGAGGGAGAGCCUAUCAAGCGUGAGGAGGAAGAAGAAGCCCUGAACGCAGUCGGGUACGACGACAUCGGCGGCUGCCGCAAGCAGCUGGCUCAGAUCAAGGAGAUGGUGGAGCUGCCACUGAGGCACCCCUCCCUGUUCAAGGCCAUCGGCGUGAAGCCCCCGCGCGGCAUCCUCAUGUACGGCCCGCCUGGUACAGGCAAGACGCUCAUCGCGCGCGCCGUCGCUAACGAGACUGGCGCAUUCUUCUUCCUGAUUAACGGCCCGGAGAUCAUGUCUAAGCUCGCGGGCGAGUCUGAAUCCAACCUUCGCAAGGCGUUCGAGGAGGCGGACAAGAACUCGCCCGCCAUCAUCUUCAUCGACGAGCUGGACGCCAUCGCGCCCAAGAGAGAGAAGACACACGGCGAGGUCGAGCGCCGCAUUGUGUCGCAGCUGCUUACUCUUAUGGACGGUAUGAAGAAGUCCUCGCACGUGAUCGUAAUGGCGGCGACCAACCGCCCGAACUCGAUCGACCCGGCGCUGCGGCGGUUCGGGCGCUUCGACCGCGAGAUCGACAUCGGAAUCCCCGACGCCACCGGCCGCCUCGAGAUCCUGCGCAUUCAUACCAAGAACAUGAAGCUAGGCGAUGACGUCGAUCUAGAGCAGAUCGCGGCAGAGUCGCACGGCCACGUGGGCGCGGACUUGGCGUCCUUGUGCUCCGAGGCAGCUCUGCAGCAGAUCCGCGAAAAGAUGGACCUCAUCGACCUUGAGGACGAUCAGAUCGACGCUGAGGUGCUUAACUCGCUCGCCGUCUCUAUGGACAACUUCCGGUACGCGAUGACCAAGUCGUCACCGUCGGCGCUGCGCGAGACGGUGGUGGAGGUCCCGAACGUGACGUGGGGCGACAUCGGCGGGCUGCAGAGCGUGAAGCGCGAGCUGCAGGAGUUGGUGCAGUACCCUGUGGAGCACCCGGACAAGUUCCUCAAGUUCGGCAUGCAGCCCUCGCGGGGCGUGCUCUUCUACGGACCGCCGGGUUGCGGUAAGACCUUGCUGGCCAAGGCCAUCGCCAACGAGUGCCAGGCCAACUUCAUCUCGGUGAAGGGCCCCGAGCUGCUCACCAUGUGGUUCGGAGAGUCCGAGGCCAACGUGCGAGACAUCUUCGACAAGGCUCGGUCUGCGUCCCCGUGCGUGUUGUUCUUCGACGAGUUGGAUUCGAUCGCGAAGUCGCGCGGCGGGUCCGUGUCGGACGCGGGCGGCGCCGCCGACAGGGUCAUCAACCAGAUACUGACAGAGAUGGACGGCAUGGGCGCCAAGAAGAACGUCUUCAUCAUCGGCGCCACGAACAGGCCGGACAUAAUCGACCCUGCCAUCCUGCGGCCCGGCCGUCUCGACCAGCUCAUCUACAUCCCGCUACCGGACGAGAAGUCGCGCGAGGCCAUCCUGCGCGCCAACCUGCGCAAGUCACCCAUCGCUAAGGACGUCGACCUUACUUACAUCGCUAAGGUGACGCAAGGCUUCAGUGGCGCCGACCUGACGGAGAUCUGCCAGCGCGCCUGCAAGCUGGCCAUCCGCCAGGCCAUCGAGGCGGAGAUCCAGCGCGAGCGCACACGGCAGCAGCAGCCGCCCGCCGCUGUCAUGGACAUGGACGAGGAGGACCCGGUGCCGGAGAUCAGCCGCGCGCACUUCGAGGAGGCCAUGAAGUUCGCGCGCCGCUCGGUGUCCGACAACGACAUCCGCAAGUACGAGAUGUUCGCGCAGACGCUGCAGCAGAGCCGCGGCUUCGGCACCAACUUCAGAUUCCCGACGUCCGGCGGCGGUACGGGCGGCACGGGCACCUCUGGAGGCGACCAGCCCACGUUCCAGGAGGAGGGCGGCGACGACGACCUCUACAGCUAAGCGCGCUACCACGCUCCACCGGGACUCGCAACACCGCGCACUGUACACUACAACACACACUAUACCCCAGCGUCCGACAUAUAUACCAGUUACGCCGGCGUAACGCGGAACACGGUGCACCCAAACGAUGAAGCGUAUGUGCCCGGUGGCCAGUUCUAGGACUGACAUUAUUACUUAAGAUUUAUCGGUACAGUUAUCCGAACGGGUGUAAAGGACUCGGGACGUAUCAAGAUGUAGAUCCGGGCAGCGAGACGGUUACAAAAUUAUAAAAUAUUGUAUUUAUUGGAGCGCGAGACUGCGUAUACUGAAAAUUCACUGAUCUAUUGUAAUGUAAAUGUAUUUAUUUUGUAUUUUCAAUCAUCUGCAUUUGUUUUUGUUCCGAUGUGCUUAUGUUUAGUUGUAAUAAAGUUUGAAUGUAUCGCCCGCGCGGCGGGCUUGUAAGAUCAUACGGUAUAGAUUAAAUAUUAACUGUAUUUGGCAGAUCCUGUGCGUAGCGGCCGGUCGGCGGGGUUGUCCUCGCCGACGUUACACAAUAUCGCAGUGAUUUUUUAAUAAAAAGAUUUUUAUAGACCUA